AUGUCAGGAUUUACAUUCCGCAAAGAGUCAGUACUACCAAACCAUAAUCCAUCAUCACCAUUCUAUCAUAACCUCCCACCAUAUGACUCAAUACCCAUAGAUCAACUUGUGGACUUUUUCAAGUAUUGGAAAUAUUUCAUCAGAGCAAUAAUCAUCUAUUUCAAAGAGAUCACAUUAGUAAAACAGUUGGAAGCUAAUUUGCAUUAUCAGCUACUUUCAUCAGUCCAGUUCCCUGGCUGUAGGGAUUUGCCAACCAAGAUCAUCCACGAAAUAAAUAUUGCCAAUACUGUCACAACUCCUCCUAGGGAACUUAAAAAAACUUUGUCGAAUUCAAGCUUGAAUAGUUUGAAUAAUGGGUCAACUACAUCUUUGACACCUGCACCACUAACUCCAGCCCGUCCACCAUUGUUAAAAUCCAUGUCUGCAAAUAACUCCUCAUUCCUUUUCAAGAAUGCAACUACCAAUAAUUUCCACAAGAAGAACGCAUCAGCUCAUUCAAUAAAACUGUUUAAUGAAUCUUCUGCUUCCUUACCGGAUAGCCCACCUACAAGCACAGAUAUCAACACUAAUGAUGUCAAGAUCCCACCACAUUUCUUUCCUGAAGAUUCCUUAUAUACCAACUUACCAGCAAUUUUAUUGAGUCACCACCAUACUGAAUACAAUAGAAACAUGAAAUUGCAUAGAGAUCUUAACAAUAAACUUAUUCCAAGAUUAGAAAGCUUGUUAAAGAAGCUUUCAAGCAAAAUUAAGGAGAUUAAGACCACUCUCAAGAAUGAAUCAUUUGCCAAUACUGACUUAUCCAAAGAAAUUAGCAGAACUGGUAAGGUUGUGGCUAGAUAUAUGUCUGCUGUUGAAACAUAUAGUGAUAAUUCCCCAGUAAUUAAUGGGAAGAAGGAAGGAGGAGAUCUAGAAGGAGAAGCAAUCCUUGACGAUCCCUUGUUGGUGAAGUUGAAGUUAGAUUUUCAGUUGAAGUCCCAAUUGUUGGUGGAGAACUAUAUGUUUGCCUCAUAUGUUAAUUUACAAAAUAUUUCUAGGGAUUUAUACAUAUACAUCAACAAGGAGUUGAAUUGGAUAGUUGACAAGUUUGGAAAAUUACAAUUGAACAAUGAUUAUUAUCAAUUCUUGAAACUGCAAAUAAGUCCAUCACCACAAUCAGAUUGGGAAUAUUUCAUUUCUAAUAAUCCCAACUUUCUCAAUGUUUACAAGUCAACUCCAAAUAACCCCAAGAGGGAAAUUAGAAAGUUUAAUGAUAUUGAAUUGCCAUAUAGUAAUUCCGUCCAUAACAAAUGUUUAAGAUCGGGACUUCUUUACAAGAAAUCUAAAUUAUUGAAGAGCUAUAAUUUAUAUUAUUAUGUCUUGUCGUGUAAUUAUCUUCACGAAUUUAAAUAUGAAACUGAAGGAUUAUCAUCAAAAAAGGUUAAGCAGGGUAAACUUGGUGGAUUUAUAACUCAUGAUAUGGAACCAAUACAUUCUUAUAAUUUGAAUGAAUGUGCCAUUAUUGAUGAAGAUGAUAGUGGGUUUAAGUUCCAAUUGGCUAGGAAUUCGAAUGCAUUCAAGAAAAUAAAGUUUAAAUGUGUUGAUGAACAAGAGUAUGUUGGUUGGGUUGAUGAUUUGAGAGAAUUGUUAAGAUUUGGUUGUCACCAUUAUGGCAGAUUCUCGAUGUUACAAAAUAGAUUGUCUAUGAAUGAGCAACCAAAGGAAGAACAAAAACAAGAAGGAAGAAAUAAGAAGGGAUUGAGCCUUAACUUAAAUGACAACGCUUUAGCAAACGCAUUUGUUCCUCAAAUCAAAACGCCUUCGUUUGAACCACGCGAUACUUCGUUUGCUUUUACAAGUACUUCAAAUAGUGGUUCAAACAAUUCCUCGCCUACAUCAACACCAAUGGGCAAAUCUCCAAAUAUUUCAUCACUCAAUUUAGCAGCUCAACAUCAAGAAUUUUUAGAAUUUCAACAAAAAUUAAUGAGCAGAAAACAACAACUGAGUAUUGAUGAGUUGCAGAGUAAGUUACAAUCAUAUCAAGAGCAGCAACAGCAACAUCCACAGCAACAAUUUUCAAGUUAUUUAUCGAAUGAUUCUUUAGAUUCAUAUAGUCUAGGUAAAGGAUCGGUGACUAUGAAACAAAAGGGAAAUGCUAAUUUUACCUUUCCUGUGGAUGAUGAGGACAAUUCAAUUGAUCCUAAUUCUCAUGUUGAGUCAACUAGUCUCCCAGCUCUCAUGGUUAGUGAUCACUAG